GCCCUUCCCCGCCAUUGCCAGCCAUGCCAGUCGAUUUCAGAACCAAUUGUGUUCAGAGAGGGGCGAAAGUAAAUCAAUAACCCAUCGAAUAGAUUCGCGUUGACAGGACGACCUUUGUAGUUGUUUGGUAGCGACGGCUUUAAUUCAUGGUCAUAGAUGUAACUAAUUGGCACCGCUAGGGAAACGACACAACGUGUAAUUAAAGGAUUUAAAAUGAUGCCAUCUACAUUGAUAAGACACAUAACCCAGGGGGGUCUUCAAAGGAGAAGUCUUCAACAAAUCCUAAGACGAUCAAGCACUCUACGAGAAACACAGACGCUUCUUUCUCGGUCACCACCAACAUUGAUCUGCAGACAGUCCUCAACUGACAGGUUCCUAAACGCCCGGCCAAUCACCUGUCUCCCCUCACGCCUCUGUCAUGGCCACCGACCUGGUGUCCCCCAUGCUCAGGACGAAGCCUUCAGCAUGAAGGCUCUCGCCCAGGCCCCGAAGCCCGCCCUCUACCUCGGCCUCUCCGGCCUGCUGCCCUUUGUCUCGGCGCCCCUCUUCAUGGCCGCCACAGGCUCCUUCUGUCCCCAGGUGGCGCACGCACAGGUGGUGUAUGGGGCCACCAUCGUCUCCUUCCUGGGAGGAGCCCGCUGGGGCUUCGCCAUCCCUGAGGGGAGCCCCGCCCGACCCGACUGGAUGAACCUGGGCAACAGCGUGGUCCCGUCGCUCAUCGCCUGGCUGGCACUGCUGUGCAGGGACAACGUGGCGGAGGGAGCGCUGCUGGUGCUGAUGGGGCUCGGCCUGUCGCUGCACUACGACCUGACGCUGCUGCCCGGGUACCCCGCCUGGUUCAAGGCCAUGCGGACCCUGCUCACGCUGGUGGCCACGUUCUCGCUGGUGGCCACGCUGGCGCUCAAAAAGCUCAGGCACAAGGAGGAGGCUGUCACAGAGCCUCAGAGCUGACCGGUUGGGUUCUGAUUGUUUUCAUCUUGAUUGUCAAGUCUAUGUUUGUGUUCCCAAAACAAGUUGUACAAAUCACCUUGCUAAGGGAUGGGGGAAAUAUGUGCAGAAGCAAAACAUACAAAAUGCUGGUGGAAACACUACACAUCAGGCAGGUACAAUGCAGCCAGCCUCAGCUCUUUAAGGACACGUUUGUUUCAUAACACAAGUGAAUGGAUCUACAAGAAGGCACACCCAUCGUCUCGGUUGAAAACUUUCAUUCAUGAAACUUUACUGUCAAACUGAGACUGAAAUAAAAAAAAUAGACUAACA